GAAUACGAAAAAAUCAAGUGACAAGUUAUUUUUAACCUUACCGAAAAUGUUUUAAAUUUGUAUCACCUGAUUAAUAGUUAAAAUUUAAAAUGAUUCUCUAAAUGAAUUUAAUGGAUUCAUGUUUUGAAGCAAUAAACAUGAUAAAUAAUCAUAAAGUUUGUUAAUAAUGUAUAAAUUAUUUAUGUAUUUCUGUUUAAGUUUCUUUUCGUUAUUAAAUGUUGUGUUUUUAUCCUAUGCAAAUGUUGAUAUUAAAUCAUUACCUUAUUGUUCAUCAAAUAUCAAGGAAAAUCUUGACAAGAUAGUCUAUGUAAGCACAUUAGAUGGAAAAAUAACAGCCUUAAAUGCAAAUGAAAAUGGAUCAAUACUAUGGGAAUUCAAAACCGGCGACAAGGACAUGCUUUCAUCGACAAUACACAAUCGUGAGUUAACAAACACAGGAUCUUGGGUUCGUAUGAUUCCAUCUUUAAGUGGCAGUUUAUACAAAUUCGAUGGCGAAAAUAUUGAUUUAGUUCCAGUAACCGCUGACGAAUUAUUAACAUCGUCUUUUAAAUAUUCAGAUGAUUUAGUAUUCGCAGGAGGAAAAGAGAUGCUAACGUAUGGUGUUGGCUUAAAAAGCGGCCAAUUAAUAUACAAAUGUGAUAUAACUGGAUGCCAUAAUGAGACCAAUUUAGAUAAAUCAAUUGACAAAGAUGAUAUUUUAAUUAUACAGAAAAAACAACAAACUGUACAUGCAAUAUCCCCCGAUAAUGGAUCGGAACGAUGGAAUUUUAGUGUGGCUCAACAUGAAAUCAAAGCUGUGAAAAGUACAGAAUGUCAUGCAAAUGAAAAAUUUAAUUUGGAUUUAAUAAUCAAAGUUGUUUUACCAGAAGGUUUAAUUUUUGCUGUUUCUGAAACGAAUAUGAAUCAAGUGUUAUGGAUCCAAAAGUUGGAUUCUCCAAUAACAAAUGCAUGGCAAUGGAUUAAUAAUGAACUGAAACCUGUUGAAAUAUUUACUGGAUCACAAUGGAGUUGGAAUAAAGAAGCCCAAACCUUUAGUUCACCAUCGAUUUAUAUUGGUAUGCAUAAAAAACAAUUGUACAUUCAAGAAUCGGCCAUAAUGCAAAGCAUAGCGUAUGAUUAUGUAAUAAAUUUCAAACAAAAUUACAUGCAAAAUAAACUUCCUCCAAAAAUACCAUGGAAGCCAUAUCCAGUCUCUAGUGCAUCGGUUACAGCUUUGAUGCCAAAAUAUGACGACGAUGAAUCAUCCGAAGAAAAGACUGACAUCGUCUCGGAAAUUGGUACAACGUCGUUAGCGGUACUGUAUGCUAGCAAAUAUAUAAACGGGCAUGGAUAUUAUUUAUACUCUGAUACCGAUUUAAAAGAAAAUGAGGAUAUGGCUUGUGAUAAAUCGAACAACAGUGAUUCACCCCCUUUGAAUUCUUCAGAAGAGUCAGAUUUCUUUUUCGAUGAUGAAACUCCUGUCCAAAUAAUUAUUGUGUCGCUGUGGUUUUGGUGGAAAGAAGUCGUCGUGAUUUCGGUAACCACAGCUUUUGUUGUCAAUUUCAUUCUGGCUAGACGAUUUUUAAAUACAUCUCAAAUUCAAGAAGGCGUUCAACAAGAAAUCAUCUUUAUCGAACGUCACGUUCAAAUUCCAUUCGAUGAGAAUGCCGAUAAAAAAGAAAUGAUUCGACAUUCAUCAGAAUCAUCUAAUAGUGGUGUGGAUAUUUCGAGUGGAAAUGAUUUACCAUUUAAUUCACGGUUUUUAACCGAUUUUGAUAUAAUACAUUGUUUGGGAAGAGGUGGAUUUGGUAUGGUAUUCGAAGCUCGAAAUAAAAUUGAUGAGUGGAAUUACGCUGUGAAACAGAUUAAUUUGCCAAAUCGCCAUGAUUCAAGACAACGUGUUAUGCGUGAAGUGAAAGCACUAGCAAAAUUGGAUCAUCGUAAUAUUGUGCGGUAUUACAACGCAUGGUUGGAAUUUCCACCAGCUGAUUGGCAAUCAAAUGUUAUGUCCUGUAUUCUCGAUAUCCCACAUUCAACCUUCGAGUCGCCAACAGAAGAUAGCAUAUCAAUAGCAGAAGCACCGGGUGAAAAUUAUAAUAAAAUCGAUAUUUGCAAUGAUAACGAUGAAGAUGAUUCGUUCAUUGUAUUCGGGGAUAACUCCAAUGAUUCCAAUUCAGAUAGUGUUAGUAAACAUCGUAAUACAAGUCAAUAUAAUAAUUUUAAUUCAAAAAAUAAUCAAAUAGUGCCAAAGAAUUCAACAAAUAUUAUUGAAAUUGUGAAUAAGAGUGAUAUUAGUCAAAGUGUUGCAUCGCGUGCUGCUUUGAACGCGGAACGUCGAAUGUACUUGUAUAUACAGAUGCAGCUGUGUCAGAAGGAGAGCUUAAAAGAUUGGAUGUUAAAGAAUGUUGUACGUGAUCCAAAUUCCAUUAAAGUGAUCUUCGAACAGAUUUUAUCCGCUGUGGAGUAUGUACAUUUACAAGGUCUUAUACAUCGUGAUUUAAAGCCGAGUAAUAUAUUUUUCUCCUUGGAUGGUGAAAUAAAAAUUGGUGAUUUUGGAUUGGUUACUGCAAUGGACGAUGAUGAAUAUGUGCCGCCCUGUGAUACAAAUACGCUUGCAAAGACAAAAUUUAAAAAACAUACUAGAGAAGUAGGUACCCAGUUAUACAUGAGUCCAGAACAAGUAAAGGGUUCAUUUUACAAUUACAAAGUAGAUAUUUAUUCAUUAGGCGUGAUAUUUUUUGAAUUAUUAACGCCAUUUUCUACGGAAAUGGAACGACAUAAAACUUUAUCUGAAUUACGAUUCAAUAAAUUUCCUGAUAGUUUUCAUAAAAAAUUUCAACAUGAGCACGAUUUAUUAAAAUUAAUGUUAGCAACAAAACCUGAAAAAAGACCCACCACAUAUGGAAUUCGAUGUAGACCACCCUUCAAUCACACCAUAGAGGAUACAAAGUGGCAUUUUGAAUUACCACCACGACAGGGGACAGUCAAAUGACAAUGACAAAUUAACAAAGAACAUUUUUGUAGUAGCUUUAAAAUUGAUCGAUUUAAUUGCACUUAAGUUUUCUAUUCUUGUGGAGUUUCGUUUUAGUUUAAUAAAAAAAGAAAUUGUUUGUGUGUGCAAUUUGCGAUUUU